AUGGCUAAUCAUCAUAUACCUGUUGAAUUUAAUAAAGAUGAUGAUGAAUUGAAAUGUCAUCCUUCCCAAAGUGGUUCCACAGCCACUCCUACACUCUUUGAGAAUUCAAAUAAUUCUAAAGCGUUCUGUGCAUAAUUUUUUGAAGACUAACUGCACUAAGAUGGUACUUUCAAUUUCAUUUAUCUAAGAUGAUGAGUUUGAUGAACUAAAUCAGUAAUUAAACUAAGUCUUACUUAAUGAUUCAUUCAAGCCCUCACUUACCUAGACUUUUACAGCUGACAUGUAUAUUAAUUUUUAAAAUGAUUAGGUCAUCAUAUCUUAGUCAUGAGAAGCUGACUAAAAAUUCUAGGAAGAUGUAAUUAGAAUAUUAGAAUGCUACUUUAAGAGAAAAAGAAUUUGUAUUCAAUACUUAUAUUAAAAAUGAUAUUGAAAAUUUUAGUUUAGAUAAGUACAAACAUUAUUUACUCGAAAAAAUCAUUGAAGUUGGUAAUCUUCAAUUAUUAAAUGUUUAGGUCCACCAUCCCACAAAAAUCUUAUAUUAGAUAGAAUCUACAAUCAAAUACAUAAACUCAUCAAAGAUCUCUAUGCUUGCAAAGUUAUGCAAAAGGGUUUAGAAAUCAUGGCAAGUAAUCCCUAAGAUUCUCCACAAUAACUAGAAAAUUAUCUUUCCUUUAUACAUUAAGAUAAUGCGUAAAUGAAAAAAAUCUAUGUUGAUAAAAUUGCUAAUCAAAUUAUUUAAAAGAGUUUAGAAAUCUUUGAUGGAAACAAUCUAUUUAAUUUACUCUAAAUUCUAUCAAAAUAUGUAAAAUUGAAUAUUAUAUAUAUAGAUUCUCAAUAAUAAUAAUAAAGAAAAGUUCGAAUUAUCAACAGAUCAAUAUGGAUGUCUUAUUGUCAAUAAAAUAAUCGACAUCUAUCCAAAAUAAUUUGAUAUCUAAACUAAAACAAUUUGUAAUAACAUUAUAGUUAGAGCUAUCGAAAAUAGUUCUUGUCUAACUAGAAGAUAGUAUGCUAACUAUAUUAUUUAAUAAAUAUUGGAAAAAGGACAAGAAGUCCAUAAAAGAUUAUUAAUGGAUUAAUAUCUCAUUAAAGACUUUAUCUCAAUGUCUAUGGAUAAAUAUGGUAGUAAUGUAGCAGAAAAAGCUAUUAUCUAUGCAGGACCUCAAUGGAGAUUGAAAUUAUGGGAAGAAGAAGUCUCAAUUUCUGAAAGGUAUAUAAAAAUAUAAUAAUUUUAUAGUUCGUUUAAGAAAUUGAUUAAUGAUCAAUUUGCUAAUUAUCCAGUAUAGAGACUAUUUGAAUAUUUGGAACAAUAAUAAAGAAAUGAAUUUGUUGCUUUAUUAAAUAAAUUGCAUGGGAACAAUCAUUUAAAUAGUCAUGGAUAAAUUGUAAUGAAGUUUGCUUAAGCCAAUUAUUCUGUUAAAAGAUUUACUCAUAAGAUCGUCUAGUCAGAAUUAAAUAAAUAAAGCAAGAAUUAAGAAAAAAAUAAUAAUAACAAUAAGUAAUAAAAAAAUCAGAAAUAAUAAUUAAAUCAUUAAAUUCCACAAUUUUAAAUUUAAUAAUAAUAAUAAUAAUAAUAUCAAUAAUUUAACUAAUAAUAGAUGUAAUAAAUGCUUUUAAAAUAAUAACAAUAAUUUAAAUAAUUUGAUUAAUAGUCAUAUUAAGCUGCUGUUAUGCAAUAAAUGCUAUUCUUCUAACAACAAUAAUAACAUUUAUUAUCUUAAAUGCCAUAAUUAUAUAAUUAGGAUGCGAAUUAUAUGCCCUAUCCUAUUAUGACAUAAGAAUAAUAAAUGAUGAUGUUAAGAUGGAUACAACAGUAGCAACAAUUUUGCAAUUCAAAUAUCAAAUUCCAAAAUGAAUAAUACAAAUGA